AUAAAGAUGGUUGAGAAAGUCAAUGACGUAGUUACCCAAGUUGUUUCGGCCAAAUCUUCGGAUAAUAAUAAUAACGUUUCUGAGGCCGUUGCUGCCAAUUCGCCGUCGAACAAGAACUCGCCUAACAAGUCUGACUUGCUUAAAGUUUUGGCUUUCCAAUUCUUCGAAGCUUAUUACACCAAGCUGAGUGACCAUCCGGAUGACAUUGGUACUUUCUAUGGAGAUGAUUCUAGCUUUGUUUUGGGUGAUGUUGAGGAGACGGGCCGUGAGAACAUCCAACGCGCCAUUGAGAAGAUGAAUUUUGGAGCUUGUAAGUCGCGCUUUUAUUCGGUCAAAGCUGCGCCGGAGAUGGGUGACAACUGCAAGGUCUUCCAAGUUUGUGGUGAGCUAACGCUUAAAGGACAGCCGGCUCCACGUCGCUUCUGUCAAACGAUCGUCCUUUCUUGUGUGCCGCCUAACGUACUUUAUGUUAAGAGCAACAUCUUUCAGUGGUUGGACAUUGCUUUUCCUAUGAAUAGCAGCGAAAAGGUUUAUUUCAUCUCUGCUCCGGCAACUAUUCCGGCACCUGCGUCGAUCACUCCUGUCGAAAAUGGGACUUGCAACAUCAACAAAUCUAUUGAGAAGGAUGUUGUUGUUACCACUAGUGUUGAGCCAAUUCUUAAUGGAGGGGUUAUUUUGACCAAUGGAGGAAGUACUCAUCAAUCACCAAAGCCGGCUGCUAAUUUGGCUAUUGUCUCUAUGACUACUGAGGCGUUAAUUGCUCCUCCUCCUGGGUUGGAAAAGGUGAACGAGAAUGUCUUGCCUCUUCAAACAAACAAGUCUCCGCUUCCGAUUCAUUCGGUGAGCGGAACGCCUAGUCCGCAUCAAAACGAAGUUGUUGAAGUUGACAAAGGACAAUUUACGAUUCCAACUUCGGAUUCCACCAACAAGAUUGUCACCACUCCUUCGCCAACUCUCAACAACAAUAUUACUGACGAUCAAAAGAUGAAGCGCCCAUCUCCAAUGAAACAACAGCAACAACAACAUUCGAAUGUCAAAUCUGAGCCAAAGUCGUGGAAUAAAGUUGUUAGUGGUGGACAAAAUAAAAUGCCAAAUAUUCAACCAAAUGUUACUACUACAACAACUGUUCCAAUAAAAUCUUCGAUUGAUGUUAAAAAGACUAUGCAAUCUCAAGAUAUUGGUCCAGUUAAUAAUACACAAAAGCAACGUCAAUCUCCUCCACAAAAACAACAUCUUGCUGAAAAUAACAACGUUGGUGGACAGCCACAGCAAAAGCGCUUCUCUUCCCUCGGUGACGACAAUACUGGUAAAAACAACAAUCAAAAACAACAACAAAUGUCGCAAUCGACUAAAUUUGUGGCGCCGCGAAGAGAUUGGCCCCAUCGAAUUUACUUCAACAACCUUGUAAAACCUGGACAUUUUCUGGACUUUAAAACUGGACAGAAAGAACUGAUGAAGGAAAUUAUGACGAUCACCCCAGGAGUUGAAUUUGUUGGCAUAAAACCACUUUCGCUUCGCAAGGAGUACAAAACCGCUUUUGGCUUUAUCGACUUUACUACUGGAAAUGAUGUUCAGAAUGUUUAUGAUGCUGCUAAAAAGACUGGAGAGAAGCGAGGAGGCGAUAAAGGAGGAGGUGGCGGAGGACUUCAAUUGAGAGUUUCUAUUCCAACAUUUGAAUUUGAUGGUUAUAUCACUCUGACUUCAGACAAGACAAACAACUUGGCUCCUGGAAACGGCACCGACAACAAUAAUAAUAAUAAUUUUAGAUAA